AUGUCGGACGCUCUCUGUGGGCCGUCAAAUGCGGUGCAGAAUCUGGCUAAGCACUCGUCGGUUGACCGAACUUUGCAGCAAGACCGCUUAGUGUCACGGCAAUCGCCCUCUCAAGGCUUUCGCUCACACGAUCCCAACGUCGCAUCACUCGACCCAGAGUUCGAAGCAUUCCAGAAUGGGCACGCACUUGGACCCGGACCUGCUUUCGCUGGACCGUCUUGGUCUUCUUCAUCCUUCUCGAACUUGCACUCGCAAACACCACUUCAAGCAGCCUCCUCUGCUCCGCCAACUGCGUGGACUCGAGAUUUCCAACGACUGAGUAUUACCUCUCCACAACAAGCACUACCUCAAGCUGCCCCCCAAGCAUGGCACAAUCAUUUUGGCCAACAUGCACAGCCCUCUGCUCCUCUACACGCACCUGCUUCCCAAAUGCAGUUCCCUUCUGCCCGCUUCCAAUCUCCUCUGGCCUUCAAUUCCAUGCACGCCACUCCGCAGUACGCUUCGCAAUCUCAAUACACUCAGCAACAGCAAGGCCUCCCUCAAGAUCAAUUUGAUGAAGCUGCUUUUGAGGCGGCUUUUGACGCUGCUCUACAAGAUGCUUCUAUGGAUCAAGAUGCUACUAUGCAAGACAACGACCAGUUGGAGGACUUCAACUUCGAGCCCUUCGCUCCAGACUUAUAUCCACACCUUCCUCUGUUCCGUCUGGCUUUGGCCGAUGCUUUGGUAACAAAUACGGACGAAUCGCUCCAUAAAGCUGCAAAGGUUGUCGCCGCACUCAUACAGCAUCCUCGGUCCAUGGAUCCUAUUCAGGCUAUGCUCUUCCGCCCUCUGUUGUCCGCUCUGAAUGAUCCCAAGCGCACCUUGUUCGCUCAGCGCUAUGGGUACGAGCCUGCCCUACAUGAAAUGCUCGAUGCUCUUGCUCAACAGACCGAGAACACUCGUCUGAACAUAGACGCGACUACUGAGCGCCUGCUAGCCUCUUAUGCCGACCUGCUUUGGCAGAGAACCGAGUCAAACCAUCUCAAUCCCACAGACUCGCCCCGUACUGCCGAUAACGCCCACUGGCUUGGCCAGUUCUUCCGAGACCAGGAUUCCAUGACUGCCCAGAAUAUCACGCAGAAGUCUGCAAAUCUCCUAACGGGAACUUUUCAGCGACACGUCAUAUCAGAUCCAACCUCACAGGCGUUGAGUAGGGUGCUGGAUUUGGAGCAUGAGCUUUACUCUGAGCGACCGGCCCUCUCGUCGACUUCUAUGCCGCUAAAACAGGGGCGUGAAGCCAUGCUGUUUGAUAUGAUGGAACGCGUUUUGUCACUUCCAGAGACCCUUGAGGCCUUGGAAGCUUCUGAUGCACCACAGCAAUCUUUUCAGGAUUCUCUACAGAAGCAAUCGAUAGGUGACAGUCACGCGCUUGAAGACUAUCAACAUCAACUACGACUCUUGGAGCAGCAAAAUGCAAAACGACACUGGCUCAAUGCUUCGCUAGCACAAGGACAAGAACACACUCAGGAUGGCGAUCUACAUGAGCAAUCAUUGGACGAGCAGUCCUUGGAAGACGUACCAAGUCAACAGACAGAACAGGAACGUCAAGAACAGCGGGACCUGGAUCGUCAAAACGAUGACGAGCUGGCACAGACUGCAGCCAAUCUGCUCGAACGUGUUUCCGAUAAUCAAUCGUCUAAGUUCAAAAACAGUGCCUUCCUUGGACUUAUGAGACAACUCGCGGAUCGAGAAGUCAGAGUCGAGGGCGACAAAAUGGUUCCGGUAAGCCCAGGCCAACAGUCCAACUAA